ACCAGCGGCUGAACUGCCUCAACGGGAGCCGCCAUCUUCCCAGCCGGCGGAAAAGAGUCAUCGAAUCCUCAAGGCAUGCCGGGAGGAACAGGGAGGGGCCGAGGUCCUGGGCGCCGCCAUUUUGCUGUACGGUGUGCGCGCUAAGCACGCCGGGAGGUAUCGAUCCUGUUUUGAAGGUGCUGUCGGCGGGAAUGCUGUUUAUUCGGUUCUGUGAACCGGGAAAAUUAGCUGGUUGGCUAGGAAGCCAGAGUCGCCACGAGAAGACCUCGGAGCUGCUGGGUUAACCCGAGAGGAGGCAUACAGGGGUAAAAAGGCUUGGGCUUGUGGAGUAGCGAAGAUCUAGCUUCAAAACCUACUUCUGACGUUUACCACCCCGCGCUGAUAUGAGACUAACGGCACUUGAAGCAAAGAAUUCGGGAAACAUUCACCAUCAUCCACUCUAGGCAUCUUCAAAACCAACAAACCUGUGGGAUUCAGAGAGCUGAUGGCAGUUUCCCGGAAACGUGUCUUUUCACUCUCAGGUGCUUUAUAUCAGCUGGAAAUACUGGAGACUCAGGGUUUCAGGUCAGGCAGUCAACAAGACAGACCCCAGGAACAGCAGGAGACGGAAACCAACUUGGAAGUGGAGAUCCUCAAACUGAGAAAACUUCGGGAUGAACUGAGGGCUAAAGUGAAGCUUCAGCGAGCCAGUGCCAGAAAACCCAUCACUCACCUAGAACCCUAUGAACCAGUGAACAACAGUGAGGAAAAUCUGGAAAUGAAGUUGGAAAAAGCUAAAGCUUUCUUUCAGGCAUUCCAUUUAACAGGGCUCAGUGGCAAAUUGACCACGAAAGGGGUCUGUGUCUGCUUCAACACUGCUUUUGAGGGAAACAUCUUGGAUUCCUAUUAUGUGGAACUUAGCAUCCAAAAACCACUUAAGAUACAUCGACAUUCAAUUCCAGUUUUCUUCCCCCUGGAACAGAUAGCUGCAAAGUACUUGCAGACUAAUUUUCAACAAUUUGUGUAUAGUCUCAGCGAACACCUGAAUGCAUAUUCUGGGAGAAAAUACCAGGCAGAUCAACUUCAGUGUGGCUUUUCAACUUUGCUAGCCAGGCCCUUGCAGAGAAAUUCAUUGUGCACUCUGCUGUCAUUCACAUACACCGGGGAGCCCACUGGAGAGUCCUUCCCUUUUUGUGCCAGGCUUGUGUACCAGGACCUCACAACAACUCUUCCCACCAAUGUCACAGUUACCUACCAAGGGACGGGAGCAACACCUGCCUCGUGGGAGGAACAACGAGCUGUCCAUGAGACUUUAUUCUAUAACAAAGCCCUUCAUAAGGUGUUUGAGUCUUUUCUGAGAGUAAAAGAGAACUUGGAUUGUAUAUCCAGUGUGCCCACCAGCAGAUGAAUCUGUUCCUUGUAAAACACUCGAGGAAUGAGCAGGAGCACAAUGUUGCAUACAGCCCCAUGGAACCAACAGCUGUUGGCCGACUUCAGCCUCAGACUCCCCUGGUUCCCCAGCCCAGAUUUUCCUGUGCAUAUGAAUGGCCACACCCACCUUUUCAUGUGGCUUAUAGUGGACAAGUCUAGCAGCCUGUAGAUUAUUGACCUUUGAGGCCACACUUCGGUGACUGGCCAGUACUUGGACAGUCACCAUCCUCUUACAUAGGAUGGCUUGCUGAAUGCCUUUGGGGCCUAAUGGUGUUUGCUUUUUAUCAGCAAAUGAAAACAAGGCAUUGAGGAACAUUCUGGUGGAGACAGAGGAGAGGGCACAAUUUCACUGAACCAAGGACUGUUGCCAGUAACUCAUGGAAACUUUGAUGGUGUCUCAUUUUCUUAUGAAAAUGAACAAAAUAGCUUUUGAAAAUAAAAUUUUG